AUGCCUGGCUCCGUGUUCCGCGCUGCGUUCAUGCUGGCUGCUGCCGCGUCGCAUCCAGUAACCAUAAGCAAUUGCGGCGUGUCCAACACGGUUGCCUCUGCACCAAGUCGUGUCAUCACGAUGAAUCAGGGUGCGACAGAGUUCCUGCUGGCUAUGGGCCUGGAGGGCAGCAUGGUGGGAACUGCGUAUUUGGAUGAUGCCAUCUGGCCAAAGUAUGCGACCAGCUAUGCCCAGAUCCCCGUGUUGAGCUCCAGCUAUCCAAACGAGACUCAGAUCAUGGCGCUGAACCCAGACUUCAUCGUGGCUUCGUACAAUUCUGCCUUCCGUGCCAACUACAGCUCGGGCGGCCGGGUAAGGGGAAUUUUCUCACAGAACACCAUAGGGCCAUGCGCAGGCUUUGGUUCUGACUGGGGACAGUCGUGGACAACCUGCCGCCCGCAGCUGCAUGCGGCGGGCAUUAGCACCUAUCUUUUUGAGGAUGCCUGUGAAGAUAGCUCCUUGCGCCCAGCUACUGUGACGGAAGACACCGUCUACAAGGAGAUGCGCGCCCUUGGGUCAAUCUUCGGCACCGAUGUUGAGCCUUUGGUGACCGAGAUGAAGGCGGACUUCGACCAGGCUGCAGCUCUCGUCUCUUCUGGGAUGCAUGGGUCAGGGUUGAAGACUGUCUGGCUGGAUUGUGUAGGCCGGUGCUGCCAAGUGGAGGAUGGCCAGGAGGAGCAGGUGUUUGUCGGGGGCGGAACUGGGGCGCCCAACAUGCUUAUGCAGGAGGCAGGCCUUAGCAACGUGUUCUCUGACCGCUCUGGCAACUGGGUCUGCGUCAAUGUGAGUGACAUCGUCGCUGCUGCUCCCGAUGUCAUUGUUGUAGUUGACGCUGCCUGGGACAGCGCAGUCGACAAGAUCAAGUGGAUGUAUAACGAUGCCGAGUUCUGCAAGCUGGAGGUCCUUCGGGCGGCACGAUUCGUGUCCAUUCCUUUCAGUGCCACCACUCUGAGUCCCCGCAAUGGCCCUGCAGCACUGGAUUUGGCGACAGCAGCCCUGCAUGUUCGAACAGGUUCGCAAACGGCCACGCAGCAGUCAGGGGUGGGUUCCUUCAGCCCCUUCUUCCUGCAAGCUCAGACUUCCUGUCAACUCUGCCCGCUGAGCACUGCUUAUGUUGUCUAUGAUGAUGCUUCUGGGGACACCUACGAUCCGCUCUGCACCACCAGCAGCAGCACCACCACCACCCUCGCCCAGAGCAACGAAGCGUCGGACGCCCAUGGUGCUCUGCCGGAAGGCUACCUUUCAGCUGUCCUUGCUGCACUUGGAAUCUUCACUCCCACCUUGCUUGCCUAA